CAAUCACAGCCACAACACACACUGAAAGUUGUCUCAACAACACUUCUAGUACACAGAGAUGAAUCUGCACACUUUUCUUUUUGUGUUGGGCUGUUGUGCCCUUGCGACAGAUGCCUUGGAAGAGGGAGAGAGUCCCGGUAGAAGAUUCAUUCUGGAGUCAAUUGAGGAAGCCAAAAGUGUUGUGGAUUCUGCUUACAAGUAUUCACGGGAUGAGAGUUUAGCGAGGGUACGCAAAGAAGUGAUCAAUCCUUCUGACAAAUUGCGUUUGCUGAGACAGCCAGCUCGAAAAACACGUGAGGCUGUGCGAGCUGCGGACUACAUGGAACAAACGCUGAGACUCAUCACUGAGAAAGCUCAUCACGCCCACAAAAGAUCCAUCAAUGCUACAAACCUUCUCACUCCCGAAGAGCUCAACACUAUCAAGCGUUUGACGGGUUGUGAGGCUCAAACCCGGGAACCGUCUUGUAGGACGACACCCCUUAUAAACAAAUAUCGUACGGGCACCAAUGUCUGCAACAAUAGGAGGAACCCGCUCCUUGGUGCAUCAAACACCCCAUUCGCCCGCUGGCUUCCUGCUAAAUAUGAGGAUGGAGUCUCUCAACCCAACGGAUGGGACCCAAACAAACUGUACAACGGCGCUGCAUUGCCCUUGGUCAGACUGGUUUCCAAUCGUAUUCUUAGCACCGCAGAUGCCGACGUAGAGAGCGAUGGUGAAUUCACCUACUUGCUCACCAUCUUCGGGCAGUGGGUGGACCACGAUCUGACUCUUACACCUACCUCGCCGAGCAUUAGGUCCUUCAGCAAUGGCCUCAAUUGUGACGUGAGCUGUGAACGUUCCGAACCCUGUUUCCCAAUCCAGGUCCCAAAUAAAGACUCGCGUCUGCGACCCAACUCCUGCUUACCGUUUUUCCGAUCAGCACCUGCCUGUGGUUCCGGACAAACCGCCUAUAUGUUUGGAGGUUCCAACAAUGUUCGGCAACAGAUCAAUUCUCUGACUGCUUUCCUAGAUUGCGGACAGGUGUACGGGGCGGAGGACGGCCUGGUGAAGAACCUACGGGACCUCACAAAUGAUGGUGGCCUGCUACGUGUCAAUGAUCAGUUCUACGACAAUGGGCGAGAGCACCUGCCCUUUACAAACGUACAGAGCAACAUGUGCUCCACUCGUGGGAAGAUUCUUAAUGAUACGACUCUGACAGAGGUGCCUUGCUUCAUUGCAGGUGAUGUGCGUGUUAUCGAGAACAUUGCUCUUACCUCAGUACAUGCGUUAUUUUUGAGGGAGCACAACCGAUUGGCUCGUACCCUUCAUGUGCUCAAUCCAAGCUGGAGUAGUGAAACCCUCUAUCAAGAGGCACGGAAAAUUAUGGGUGCCUAUCAACAGGUGUUGGUGAUUCGAGACUACCUGCCCCACAUUGUGGGCCCUGAUGCUAUCAAAAAACAUCUUGGUGCUUAUCCUGGUUACAAUGGGAAUGUGGACCCCAGCAUUGCUAGCGUCUUUGCCACUGCAGCUUUCCGCUUCGCCCACCUGGCCAUCCAACCCUUGGUACCCCGUCUUGAUGAAGACUACCAGAAUCAUCGUCAGUUUCCAAGCGUGCCCCUUUAUGAGGCCUUCUUUGCACCCUGGAGGGUGAUCUUUGAAGGGGGCGUCGAUCCUUUGCUCCGUGGAUUGAUCGGUCGACCGGCAAAACUAAACACACAGGAUCACAUGAUGGUAAACGCUCUUCGAGAGAGGCUGUUUGCCUUUACAAGCCACAUUGCCUUAGACCUUGCCGCCCUCAACAUGCAAAGAAGCCGUGACCAUGGUAUACCAGGCUACAACGCAUGGCGUCAGUUUUGUGGACUCUCCGUCCCUCAAAAUGAGAAGGAACUGGCCGUGGUGAUGAACAACACUGACCUAGCACGGCAGCUUAUUGAGCUUUAUAAAACUCCUGCGAACAUCGACAUCUGGCUAGGGGGCGUGGCCGAGCCCUUCGUACCCGGUGGGCGUGUUGGCCCUCUUUUUGCCUGCCUCAUAGCUACACAGUUCCAGCACAUCCGUGAGGGCGACAGGUUAUGGUGGGAGACCCCUGGAGUGUUCACCAACAAACAAAAAACCUCACUGGCCUCAGUGUCACUGGCACGCAUUAUCUGCGACAACACAGGAAUCCGUAAAGUUCCCACCGAUGCCUUCCACUUCACCAGUUCUUCCAAUUACGUUAACUGUGAAAAUAUCCCAACCUUUGAUCUCAACCCUUGGAUUGAGACUGAUACAGAGUCAAUACAAGGACCUCCCGGACCUCCAGGCGAACAGGGUCCACAGGGUGUAGCAGGUCCACCCGGACCUCCCGGACCACCAGGACCUCACAUUAACACCACUGCACAACAAUCUGCCUUUUUUGCUUUGCUUGGCUCCAUCCCUCCCACUUCUAAAGUUGUGGUGUUCACUCAGUCCUUUUACAAUGGACAAAACCACUAUGAUCCAACAACAGGGGUGUUCCUCUGCCAUAUACCUGGUGUUUAUCAAUUUCAGUUUUCAUGCAGAGGAACAUCCAGUUUGGCCGUUGUGACCUUAAUGAAAAAUAACGUUGUACAGAUACAAUCUGAAACAGUCUCUCUAAAUAAACAGGUAUUAGCUGAAGGGCUGGCUAUUUUGACACUAGACAAAGGAGACAGAGUGUGGGUCGAGGCUUUAAAGGGUGCAAGCGGGAUAAUCAAGUCCAGCUUCUUCUCAGGCCAUAUUCUCUCCCCUGUUUGAGAAAAUGUUACCAUUUUCAUACCCGUAAAUGCAUUUGCAUACACAUACGCUAGAAUUCCAAAUCUAACAAACCUCUAACCCAAAUUUGUUUUCGUCUCUCAUUUCUCACUUUUAUCUCUGAUAAAUAACAAAUCAUAGCAUGCAUUGGUAAACAUUUCAUGUAAAUGUUGUUUAAUGCUAAACUUUAAAGAUUCAUCAUGUUAGACACUUCAUUGAACUCCUUAUACACUUACUGUAGGUUUUCUUUUAUGUAUGUUGGAAUUGGCUGUUUGUUUUGUUGUCCGGUUGCAACAAAAAUAUUUUGUAGUCACUUCUGUGACAGUUUAUUGUUUUUUUAUAUUACUUUUCUGUAUUGCUUUCUGUAAAAGUAUAACUUGUAAAGUAUAACUUUAUCAAAGUUUAUCAAAAUAAAAUAAACAUUUUAUAUUGGA